CUGGUCGCGAAGUGUCCAGAGGGUCGGCCAGCAAGAGAAGCUGAUGAGCUAGAGGAUGAAAUGUUCGAUAGAAUGUUCAAGAAGAUUAAGGCUAGACAAGAUGCUGAUUAUCUGAUGGACGAAGACUACCAAGAACACGAAUGGAUAACUGCCAAUGAGGACAUGGACUACGAAGAAUACGAGUCUGAACUAGACAAUGAAGAAACCAAGCAAAUGUUAGACAAACUGGCAGCUGAGUUAGUGGAACUUGGAAAACCAUACGAAGAAGAAGUUCUGUUCGAAUUUGAUGACGACACACAAGAAGAUGUGGCAGUGAAUCAGAAGAGGAAGAUGGUGUCGCUCGUGCAGGAGUGA